CUAUUUCAAUAUGGCUGCCCCCAUGUGAAAGAUGUGUAAACUCGGUGGUUGAACAAAUUCAGUUUUAAAAUUGGUUCAUGCCUAGCUUCGCAAAAGAUAUUUACAAGAAGACGGAGCUAUGAUUACACUACUAAGAUUCCCAUUUAGAAAAAGUAUAGGUUAUUGCAUACAUUCAUCGCUGUUCAGAUUUUCUUCAUUGACAACAUGUUUGCAAAGGAGCUCAUCGUCAUUGAGGACACAGAUAACAGACCCAACAGAACAUGCCGCAAUACACGAAGGUUUAUUUUACACAGUCCCUCAGAAUGAUGUUAAUAAAUUGAUGUACAAUAACUGGAUGAGUCCACAUGAAAAGAAUAUGAAUAAAACAUUUCAAGAGUUUUGUAUCUUAAUCAGAAGACCAGCACUAGAAAUGAUGGAGAUUCUGAAGAGAAUGAAUUACAAAUAUCCACUCUCACGCUUCCUUCUCUAUGGAGAAAUGAAUGCUGGCAAAAAAUUUACUAUGACACAUGUGAUGCACUUUUGCAAAAACCAGAACUGGGUUCUCUUAACUGUACCUUGGGCCAAUGAAUGGAAUUGUAAAAGGUUAGCUGUGUCCUACAAUAGCCAUAAGGAAUCACUUUUUGAUUUACCUGUUCAUUCAAAGACACUCCUUGAAGAUUUCCUGAUCAAAAACACUCAUCUCAUUAAAGAUUUUACAACUAGUGCCAGGUAUGAAUUCUCAGAACAAGAAUCUUCCGAGGAAGGAGUACCCCUGAUAGAUUUAGUGACUUUUGGGAUCAACAGGAUGAAGUUUGCCAAUGAUGUUGUAGGAGCACUUUUAAAGGAACUCCAAAAUCUUGCUAACAGUGACAAAAUAAAACUACUGAUUACCAUAAGAGGUAUAAAUGCAUUUUGGAGGAAAACUGGUCAGCAGAAGGAAAAGGUCAAAGAGAUUCAUGCUCAACAGUUGACACUAGUCAACCAAUUUAUGGAUCUUUUGCAGUCAGAUACUAAAAAUGCUGUUGCAAUGUGCUCUGUAGAUAGUUGGUUACUCUAUAAAAAUGAUAGGAGGCUGUAUUUGCCAACAGAUUUGCUUGGCAAAGAGGGCAUUGACUUCUUAGAGCCUUUCAUACCUAUUGAGGUCACUAAAUAUAGUGAAGAGGAAAUUCAGAAAGUAAUGGAUUAUUAUGAAGACAGGAGAUGGAUACAACAACCAGAGGGUAGACAUAUUAUAUUGAUAGUUUUUACAUUACUUUCUUCAAGUGACCUUCUACUUAUCAUAAAGAAUUUUAGGUCAUUGGCACAAAAUACACACCAAACAAUACACGUAUCAACACUUUGCCACAAGUUACAUCCCUUUGCGGGGUGAGCCAAAGGUCAAUCGGUGAAAAACCAAGUUUUCCUUCUUUACCUUAUCAUUUGUAAGAUGUUAUUACUUCGAAUUUUAGCCAAUUACCAGGUUUUCAUACAAGUUAAUGGGUUGCCCCAAUCUGGGGCAUUAUUGUAGUUGACUGCAAUUGAUGGAAAAAUAACAGAUGUCAAAGCUACAGAUAGGAAAAUUACAAAGGCCAACGUAGGGAAAUCCGAUUUUUAUCCAGGAGAUGGCGGACAAGGGACGUAACUUUCGCGAAGUGUUGAUACGUGUAUACCAUGCUUAUAGUGACCUUGACCUUUUAUGUCUGCAGGUUUCCUUCUUUAACCUUCACCUUUUUUCCCAAAUAUAAAUGUGCAAAGUUUGCAAUCCUUGAAGUACUAAUUAAAGAAAACCAAAAGCAUUGCCAAAUGCACAUCUUUACUACCAUACAAACACUCUAUAAAAUAAGAGUAUCUUCACUUCAAAAUUGUGGGAGGAGUUAGCCAUACAAUUCAUUUAUCCUUCAUAUAACAGUAAAGAAGUAUAGCACACUUGGUUUGCAAUUUCGCCUACAUAAAUACUUUUUUCUUGAAUAUCAUUUUUAGCUCUUCUGAGCCGAAGGCUCAAAGAGCAAAAUCAUAUGGCCAUAUGUCUGGCGUGCGGUGUGCGUCAACUUUUUGGGAAAAGGGCUAUAUCUCAAGAACCCCUUGGCCAAUUUUUGUCAAAUUUGUUACAGGGUAUCCUUGGCCCAAGGGCUUUCAUUUGUACUAAAACUAGGGUUGUGACCCUUUAACAAGGGGAGAUAAUUAGGAAAAUGCAAACAAAAGUAAUGGUUGCUAAAAAAUCUUCUUCUCAAGAACCACUGGGCAAGUUAUCACCAAACUUAUGCAUAAGGAUGAGAAUAGGAUGUAGAUAAAAAAUGGUUCAAGGCAUCAUCCUGGGGCAAAAGGUGUGGUCUCAAGGUCACUUCAAAGUUGACCUUAAAUUUUGUUUUGUUAAAACUUUCAUAUUUUGCUUAGUAUAAGGACUAGGAUCAUCAAAUUUUGUCAGUUGAUGCAUCUUAGGACCUAAUAGCAUGUUGUCGCAAAAGUAGGUCAUGGUGACCUACUUUUUGAAUUUCGCAGGUAAUUAUUAUUAAAUGGAUUUUGAUGCAUAUCUUGGACACUUUUGAGCCUAUAAUCAUCGAAAGUUGUCAGUUGAUGGAUCAUGGGACCUUGAACUGCCUCAUGUGAAAAGUAUGUCACCAUGACCUACUUUCUGAAUUUUAUGGCUAAUCAUUUAUGAAUACAUUUUAGGUUGUUAUUUCAGAUACCGAGAGGUUUAGAAUCAUCAAACCUUGUAAGUUGAUGCGUCUAGAGGCCUCGAAACACAUUUAUUUUUUUUUAAAAAGUAGGUCACAGUGACCUACUUUUUGAAUUUUGCGGGCGUUCAAAUUUCACAUUUUCAAUUUUAGAUGGAUAUUUUGGACACUAUGAAAGCUAGGAUCAUCAAACUUUGUCAAUUGAUGCAUCUUGAGUCUUCAUAGUUUGUUGACCAAAACGUAGGUCACCGUGACCUACUUUUGAAAUUUGACGGCUAUAUUUUAAUAUUUCAGAUACUAUUUGACUUACAAUUAUUAAACUUUGUCAGUUGAUGCAUCUUGAGUCUUUGAAGUGUGUCAACCAAAAAGUAGGUCACUGUGGCCUUCUUUUGGAAGUUGACGGCUAUAUUUGAAUACUAUUUGACUUGUCAGUUGAUGCAUCUUGAGUCUUCAGUGUUUCGACCAAAAGUAGGUCACCGUGACCUACUUUUGGACAGUUACAUUUAAAUUUUCAAGUACUAUUUGACUUAACACCAUCAACCUUUGUUAAUUGAUAAAUCUUGGUUAGUGAGAAAUUUUGCCUGUUCUACAAAAUGUAUCAGAAGAGCGAUUCUAGGCCCAUGGGUCUCUUGUUUACAAAUAUUGUACUAUACAAUGUCAGUUUAUACUUGUGUUUACCCAAAUUACUCAAUAAAGAUAUCUAUAUGUUGAUAAUAUCUUUAUUUGAUAAGCAUAAACAUCAUCGUGAUUAUAUAGAGUAUAUAGUAGAUGUAACGUAAUUGGCCUAAAAAAUUGCAAACUGUUGCAAAAGGCCACCCUAAACCAGAAAUAAAAUACUGAAAUUGUUUUACUCGAGUAUGACUUUACAUAAGCUAUAGCUAGUCCAUUUGAGGAAAUUUGGUUUAAGGUGGCCCUCUUGUUGAAAAUGGCUGAAAUAUGAAAAAAUCGUUCUCAAAAUUUACCUUGAGAUUUAACAGCCUGUCAAACGUUAAAUCUUUACACUUACAUGCCUGGGUGGCCUAGUGGUAAAGGUGCUCAGUAAUCUUACACUUGAAGUAUACAUUCCGAGUUCAAGUCUAAUAUUUUCCCAAUCUUUUUUUUUUUUUCACUUUUCACUUUUUUGGGUCAUUUUCUUGGGGGGAGGAUAAAUGUGAUAUAUAUACAUGUAUAUAUAUUAACAAAUAUUAGUCAUUUUCAUCAUAACUUUUAAUAUUUGCAAGUUACAACUUAAAGAAAAGGAGUUUAUUCCAAGAUUACUAGUUUACACUAACCUGUUCCUGUGUGCACAGGAUUUUCAAACCGUAAUUUGGCUGAUGAAAAGCUAAACAAAUACUACAAGAAAAGGAGCACAAAUGCACAGCAUGUAAUAAGUAAAAACAGGUCAUGGGAGGAAAAUAACUGUUAUAUAGUUUGACUUCUCAAAAGUAAAUAUAAAAAUUCAUGUACCAACUGUCAUAUGAUAUUUAGGCAAAGCUAAACACUUGAAUUAUCAACCAAAGGCAAAUGAACUGAUGAAAUCUAUGAAAGGUGCUGCAGCCAUGUCAGAAAAAGACAGUGAACUAAGUAAUGUCAUAUGUAAAAGGGUUGUGUGAUAUGAAUGCACCUAUGAAAAUAUUGCACUGUUCAUCACUCCACAUAGGAACAUGGUUUAUUGAUUAAAGAACGACUCAUAUAAAUGUUAAUAAUGCUAAGCUAUGACAGUUGUUUAUCUUGGUUAACGAAAUAUUAAAAACGUUGGCCUUAUAUUUAAAAAUAACACGCCAGUCUAUUAUUGGAAACCGGUGUUUUCCCUUUAAAUUUCUGAGUCGCCGUUUCAUCAGCAAAAGCGCUAUACCUCUUUCAAAUAAAGAAGCAAAACUCCUGCAAGAGGUCAAAAAGGAUUAAAAUUGCAACAUUAUCUAGAGUGACCCACAAAGAAACUUCACAGCAAGUUUCAGCUUGAUAUAGAGAAAUGAAAAUGGUAACAGAAAACCAGAACAGACGGACAGACAUCGUUGUACCAUAAACACGAGCAUAUGAAAAGAAGUUGAACAUUGUACACAAUGAAUAUGUUUAUAAAUUCACUUGUCUAUUCUUUCUAACUUUCAGCAAAAACUACAACUGGAAGAAAACAAAUAACAGUUUUAAGUGGACACAACCCGUAUCAACUAUACAGAGUGUGUGUACCAUUAUAGAUUCCAACUGCCAAUACUUCUCGAUGCACUUUAAUGAACGGUUUCAAUUACAAAUACUUUUGUACAAAGAAAUAAUUAAAAACAAGCAAAGCAA